GAGGCCCUAGUGGCUUCGAGACCAUACUCUGUAACUUUGCAGGGAAAAACCCUAAUUUCUUGGUUUCGAACUUGGAUUUCCAAGAAGGAGGAGCUGUUUCAAGAUAUGACAAGCAGUUCGUCUUCGAAAAAGCUCGUUCCAGAUCAGCCAGAGAUAAGUGGGUCCACAACCAAAUCACUGCGCACCAAAAUGAUCAAAUCCGAAGACAGUGAAAAGAGGAUUUUGAAUAAGAAACUCAAGGAUGUUGAGAUAAGCCUUCCCAUUGUGUAUGGUAACAUCUCAUUCUGGCUUGGUAAAAAGGCAAGCGAGUACCAGUCGCAUAAGUGGACUGUGUAUGUUCGCGGGGCAUCGAAUGAGGAUCUGGGAGUGGUGGUAAAACGCGCUGUUUUUCAGCUACAUUCCAGUUUCAAUAAUCCCACAAGGGUUUUGGAGUCGCCACCUUUCGAGGUAUCGGAAGCUGGAUGGGGUGAAUUUGAGAUUGCUAUUACACUUUAUUUCCAUAGCGAUGUUUGUGACAAGCCAUUGAACUUAUAUCAUCAUUUGAAGUUGUACCCAGAAGAUGAAUCUGGUCCCAUGUCCACUAAGAAGCCCGUUGUUGUGGAAUCCUAUGAUGAGGUUGUGUUCCCUGAGCCUUCAGAGGGCUUUUUAGCUCGUGUGCAGAAUCAUCCAGCUGUAACCUUGCCCAGAUUACCUGCUGGCUUUACUUUGCCUCCUCCUGUACCAGUUGAGGAUGCAAUUAGAAAGAAGCGAGGUGACACUAAAGAUCACCCCCUAAGUCAAUGGUUCAUGAAUUUCUCAGAAGCAGAUGAGUUAUUACAACUUGCUGCAGCUCGUCAACAGGUUCAAGCUCAUAUUGCUAAACUCAGGCGACAAAUUAGUGUGGUUGAUGGGCCGCAUCAACAACAGUUGAAAUCUCUCUCUGACCAGUGAAUAUACAUCUGAUCCUGCAGAUUUUGAUACUCUACUUCAAAUUGGUUUCUCAGCAUAUACAGUUAUUGACAUAAUCUGAUGCUCUGAUAUUCUCAGCUGUGGAGUAUUUUUUUUUUUGUCGGUUUUGGUUCUUGCCUUUUUCCUUUCUUUUAUUUUUUUUGUCAUUUGAGUAUGUAUCAAGGGAAGGAGGAAAAAAGAUAUGUAUCAUCAGAUAAAUAAAAGGUUAAAAGUUAAAUUUA